AUGGCGCGGGAGGUGGGCCGUGUCGCGGUGCCGGACCCCGGCGCGCGGCUCCCGGGGGGCUUCUGGGAGGCCGUGGCCGUGUGGCUGGAGAGGCCGCAGGUGGCCAACAAGCGGCUGUGCGGCGCCCGCGUGGAGGCCCGCCGGAGCGCCGUCCUGCCCCGGGCCGAGGCCUGUGGCCCGCGGCCGAGCGCAGGCCCCGAGCCGGAGGAGCCGGCCGCGGCGGGCCGCGACCCCGAGGGGCCCGGGGGCCGGCGUGCGCGACGGCCGCCAGCCGGAGACCCCGGGCGGCCCCGCGAGCCCGCGGGCCUGCGUGCGCUCUGGGACGAUUUUUCCGCGGGCCUGGCCGGCUGCCGUGCGGACUUGCUGGCCUUUCUCAGCCGCUCGGCUGCGGGGUCGCGGCCAGAGGCGCCGCUGGACGUCGAGCUGGUGCUCAGGACGCUGGUCCCCAAAGCAGGCCCGCGUCGCCCGCCUCCCGCUCCGCGGCGAGAGCUGGUCGUGCGAGAUGUCCCGCACGGAGCCGUGACUUUCCUGCCCUUGGAGGAGGAAGACGAGGGGAGCCCGGAGGUGCGGACGAGCAACGUGUAUCGGGUUGAGCUCAGUCAGAGCGAAGAGGCCUGGUUCAUAUCUGUUUUGAUUUUCUGUCCAGAAAGAUGGCAUGCGGACGGAGUGGUCUACCCCAGCCCCAGCUGGCUGGGAGAGGAGCUGCCCGCCAGGCUGGCCAGGUGGUCUGUGCAGAGCAGGAAGAGUGACUUCAGGGCCACCCUGUCGCUCGUCCCCGUGGAGAAGUACAGCAGCACCUACCAGGCCCUGAAGGAGAAGUACAGAGGCAUGGUCAAGGUGUGGCCGGAGGUCACGGAUCCCGAGAAGUUCGUCUACGAAGAUGUGGCCAUUGCCACGUACCUGCUGAUCCUGUGGGAGGAGGAGCGAGCGGAGAGGGGCGUGGUGGCCAAGCAGUCCUUCGUGGAUCUGGGCUGUGGGAACGGCCUGCUGGCCCACAUCCUCAGCGGCGAGGGGCAUCCGGGCAGAGGGAUCGACGUCCGGAGGAGAAAGAUCUGGGAGCUGUACGGACCACAGACGCGGUUAGAGGAAGCCGCCAUCACGCCGAGCGACGAGACCCUCUUCCCCGGCACGGACUGGCUCAUCGGCAACCACUCCGACGAGCUCACGCCAUGGAUACCUGUCAUUGCGGCCAGGUCCUCCUACGACUGCCGCUUCUUCGUCCUGCCCUGCUGCUUCUUCGACUUCGCCGGCAAGUACUGCCGCCGGCAGAGCCAGAAGACGCAGUACCGGGAGUACCUGGACUUCGUGCAGGAGGUGGGCGUGGCCUGCGGCUUCCACGUGCAGGAAGACUGCCUGAGGAUUCCCUCCACCAAGAGGGUCUGCCUCAUCGGGCGGUCCAGGACCUACCCGGCCGCCGCGGAAGCCGAGCUGGACGAGCAGCGGGCCCGCUACAUCCGUGGCAGGCAGGGCCAGCCCUCCCCGGCUGCCCGCGGCCCUGCUCACCCCGACGGCCACGGAGCCGGGGAGGCGGGAGGGCCCUGGCUGCCUGGAUUCCAGCCCAGAGAGCAGGCCGAGCCUGUGCGUAACUGCGCCGGCCUCCCUCGUGCCUUCCUCGACCGCGUGGUCCUGCAGGUGGCCAGCCUGCUGCUGCGGGGCAGGCCGCUGAGCCCCGGAGGCGCCCGGAGCGGGACUGUGCAAGCCUGGGACAGAGGAGAGAGCCGUGCCCUGGCCGAAGUCGCCCAUGCACUGGACACGGAGACGCUGCAGAGGCUGAAGCGCGAGUGUGGGGGCCUGCAGACGCUGCUGCGGAACAGCCACCAGGUGUUCGAAGUCGUGAACGGCAGGGUGCACUUCCGAGACUGGCGGGAAGAGAGGCCGCAGGAGAGGCGGCCGGAUGCCUACAAGACGCGUACCUGCUGGUUUUUCGCUCACCACCCCGAUGGCUGUGUCCUGCCCGCCCACCGCUGUCCGUUUGCCCACGGGCCCGGGGAGCUGCGGCCAUCCCUGACCCCCAAGAAGAAAAAGCAGCUUUCGUGAGCUGUUUGCUCUGUGUGAGCAGUGGCCUGGCCGGGGCGGCCGAGCCCGGAGCCGUCUCAUCCAGACCGGCUUCCCCGCUCCCCACGCCACCCGGCUCGGCAUGGAAGUGGCUCACGAGCCCUGGAGAUGAGAGGCCGCGGUUCCCGGGACCCCAGGCGGGUGCUGGGCUCGCUAUAAAGGCGGUCUCCUGGAAGUCACUGUGGCCUCUGUCUGAAAGCCAGAGCAGCUGUGUCACACACCUGUCCCACCGUGACGGGCGCCAGUUGGGGAGUGAAGCAGCCGAUGGAAGACCCCCCCCCCCGCCCCGCCUCUCCUACUCUGGCUUUCAAAUAAAUAAAAAUU